UUUACAGCGCAUUAUAGUAGGGCUGCGAUCGAAAGUCUGCUUAAUGUAAGUGUUUUUAAGCAUAAUGGCAACGGCAAACGACGAUGGAGUUAAAGUGUGUAUUAGGGCGAGGCCAUUAAUUAGACGAGAAUCAGGAUGUCAAGCUCAGUGGGAGUUGGACACUCAACAAAUAAAGUUGAUUUCCAACAAGGAAAAAGUCAAGUCUUACAUGUUUGAUCGAGUUUAUGGAGACGAUGAAACAACGAGAGAUGUCUAUGAAGAAGUGGCCGAACCAAUCGUACAAUCUGCCAUGCAAGGAUUUCAUGGAACAAUAUUUGCGUAUGGUCAGACCUCAUCUGGGAAAACAUACACAAUGCUUGGUAAUACUAACUCACCAGGCAUCAUUCCUCUUGCUGUCCAAGAUAUAUUUAACAUGAUACAAAAGACUCCUGAGCGUGAAUUUUUGCUUCGGGCCUCUUAUUUAGAAAUCUACAAUGAAAACUUGAAAGAUUUACUUUCCACUGAAGUUACCACUCUUAAAAUCAAAGAAGAUGAAUUUAAACACGUGCGUGUGUAUGGAUUGCAUGAAGAGAUGGUCACAUCACCCGAUGAUGUGAUGAAACUGAUGGCAAGAGGUGAAAAACUUCGACACAUGGCGGCAACCAAUAUGAAUGACCGUAGCAGUCGAUCGCACACAAUAUUUAAGAUGAUUAUUGAAAGUAGAGAGAGGGUGGAUUUUAAUCGAACCAGGGAAGUUAGUGACGAUACUGCUGUCAAGGUCGCUCAACUUAACAUGGUGGACUUAGCUGGAUCUGAACGAGCAAGUCAGACUGGUGCUGAGGGUCAACGUUUGAAAGAGGGUUGUUAUAUUAACAAAAGUUUGAUGGUUCUUGGUCAAGUUAUCAACCAGAUCUGUAAAGAUAAUGAAUCUACAUCGGGAUCUGUUUUCAUCAACUUCCGUGAUUCAAAACUUACUCGUAUCCUCCAACCAUCACUUGGUGGAAAUGCUCUCACCGUGAUAAUUUGUACCGUUACCCUCGCUGCAGUAGAUGAGACCGACAGCACCUUGAGGUUUGCCAGCAGCGCUAAGAAAGUGAAGAACAAACCGAUAGUUAACGAAGUAUUGUCUGAUGAAGCUCUCCUUUAUCGACAAAAACGUGAAAUAAACCAACUGAAGAAGAAAAUCAUGCAGAUGGAGCAACAGAGCACAUUAAAUGAAAUGCGACAACAACAGUCGGAUUUAGAAAAUAUGUUGAAGGAAAAAUCUCGCCUUCAACAAGAACAAGAGGAAAAGAUAACGAUGUUAAAACAAAUAUUGCUUGUAUCAAGUGUUCAUCCUGCUGAAGCAAAGAAGCAGCAACGACUCCGCCGUGAGACUUGGUGUCCAGGAGCAAUAUCUUCCAUUGCACCGAGGGUUGAUUGGCAUUUCUCACCCAAUGUACCGUCAACAAAACCUGUUGGAAAUAAUAUCAUUACUGAACAUGAAUUCACUGUUGACCAAUCAACCUUUUUCGAGGAUCUAAAAACUGAAGAAAAAAAUCGACUUUUUGAAACCCCAAUGUUGAAUGGAAGUAAACGCCACAUACUUGAUGAGACAACACCAACAACCUCAUCUGCUAAGAAGUCUCGAAGUGAAACGGAAGAGAAAGAUGGUAACUUAGUGACUUCAUUAUUGGAAGAAGAAUUAAAAUCUUUAAAAGAAAAGUUAACCAAGUGCCAACAGGAGCUUGUAACUGCACAAGAGGAACGUGACCAAAAACAAGAAGAAGCAAAUUUGUUGAAGAAUCUUGUUGAGGAUAUGGAGGCAGAGAAAGAGAGCUUAACAUCCAAGGAUGAUCAUGAAAAGAUGGAUCUUAAGAUGAAUCUGGCACGAGCACAGGGGCAGGUGAAGAUGCAGCAAGAAUUAAUCGAUCAGUUUAACGAGGAUCAACUUGAUGAAGAGAAGAAAAAAGAGGAAUCCAAGGAUCAUAUCUCUCGCCUCACAUUGGAAGUUGUUGAUCUAAAGAACGAACUGACGAAGAUGUCUACGAGUCAUGGGAUGGCAGAAUUACGAGGUCAAAUGAAAGAUCUUGAGAUCCAACUUCGCGAUUCUUGUCGCGAUAAACGAAGAAUUCUGGAGAAAUUUGAAGAAGAAUCUGAACAUUCUCGGGAGUUGUCGGCCUCGCUUGAAAAGUUGUCACAAGAUGUCAGUAGAGUGAAAUCUGAAGCCGACAGUAAAGAAGUAGAAUAUAAAGAAAUGGUUCUUUCAUUGCAAUCUCAACUUGAAGCUACCCUCUCAUCAACCAAGUCUCCCGAUGAAAGUGCGAAAUAUGAUUCAGAAAUCUCCUCCCUUAAGUCAGGAAUGCAGGAAAAAAUCACUGAAAUACAGGAAUUAAAAAAAGCUCUGUUUUAUUCCGAAGUAGAAAUGCUUAAAUUGAAAGAAAAACACGAACAAGAAAUUUCUGAACUGAAAAGUGAAGUCACUGCAGCAGCUCCUACACGUAAUAUGGAACAAUCGACUUUGCUCAACGUAUCACGUAUGUUAAACCUUUCAACACACGAGGGCGAUAAAACCAACUGCCUCGAAGAAGCGAUCCAACAUUGUGAGGUGUUGUUGCAAGAGAAGGAAUCAGUGAAGAAGGAUUACGAUGACCUCGUGUUUAAGUGUGUGGAGAAAGAAAAUGAAAUUGGAAGUUUGCAACAUGACUUAAAGAGGUUGAAAUCGGAGAUUGAGUCGAUGGAGGAAAAAGCCGACUUUGAAAGAAAUGAGAAAGAAAUAUUAUUUGAGGAAGAGAAAGAACGAAACGCUGAAAUUGAACUUUAUAAAUCUGAGGUUCAGAAACUGAAGAUGGAAAUGAAAGAACUUCAACAUCCAGGGGCCACACCAGAUCAAGUGCAAUUGAUUGAGAAUCUUCGAAAAGACAUUGAAGAUUACGAACAAACCACGAAAGACGCGCAACACCAGUAUCAGGUUGCGAGUGAAAGACUCCUCAUGGUGACAAAUGAAAGAGAUGAUUUUGAAAUAACAUUGAAAUCACAAUCUGCGAAAAUUAAAACAUUGCAAUCAGACCUUGACAGCUACAUGGCUAUGUCUGAUAUAUCAGGCAAACCUGCGUUUAAAACUCAUGAACUUAAUCGAUCUGUUUCUGUAGAACAACAUGAUGAUGUUUUACACAAAGAAAAGGCUGAAGAGUUAACAAACGAAGUGUCAAGGAUAACAAAGGAAUUGGAAAGUCUUCGUGAUGAGUUGCUCGUCAAAAUAUCUGAAAAUGAAGAAUUAAAUAUGAAGCUUAAAGUUGAUGCUCAUGUUGAAAAAGUUGAUGCUAAUGUUCAAUAUGACCUUUCUCUGCAAGAGGAAGAAGUAGAAAAGAUGAAGAGGUCAUUGGGUGAUGCGGAGGUUGAGAUCCUCGAGCUCCGGGAAAAAGUCGAUGAUCUUUGUCAAGCAACAUCCAUGUUUAAAGAAGAACAGGAGAUGAAGAUUGUGGAGGUUGCAGAACUAAAGAAGUCCGUGAUGGAGAAGGAUGAGAAGAUCAAAGAGUUGGAAGAUGCUGCUGUGGAGCAGGAAUCUUCAAGUGGAGAGUUCAAAAUACAAGAAUUGGAAACUCAGCUGGUUGAUCUGAAUGCAAAGUAUUCCCAUCUACAGGGUGAGUAUGAGUGCAGAAUGAAGGAUGCAACUAUUUCCACUACACCAGAGUCGCUUGUUGAUGAGAUGCAAGUCAAGUUGGAUGAGUUAAGUCAUAAGUUGGAUGAGAGAAACUGUGAUGUGGAAAACCUUCGUCAAACUGUGGCUGCUUUACAGAGGAAGUUGGAGGAAAACAGAGAAAAAGUUUCGGAGAUGGAAGAAGCUGUCCGGAGUUUAGGGGAUGCUAAUACUGAACUGAUGGAGAAAAAUGAUCAAUUUGAGAAGGCAUGUUCCGAGAAGCAGAUGCUCAUUGAGAACAUGAGAGCCGCUUCAUGUCAGCAUACAGAAAACUUAGCUGAAGUAAAAAGUCAAUUAAAGACGAUGUCGGAGGAGUUUGAACAAAAGCAAGAGCAAUGUCAGCAGCUUGAAGAAGAAUUAGCAUCAGCAAGAGAAAUUGAAGAACAUUCUUCCAAUACAGCAGUUACUAAUGUUGAAUGUGCUGUUUGUAUAAAGAGGAACGAGCCAAGUUUAAGUAAUGUGGAUGUCGAUGUCAUCUCAGAUGUAAAGGAAAAGACUACUGGUAAUGAAGAACUACAGGAAGCUUUUGAUGAGAUUGAUAAUCAGCAGAAGGUUGUGGAUGAUCUUCGUGAGAAGCUUGCCGCUGUGGAGGUAAAGUUGAAUGCAGAGCAAGAGAAAAAAGUUGAACAGGAUCUUUCAGAAGUGGAGCAAAACUUUAUUACUUUGGACCAGGAGUUUUCCCAACUUACUAAUGCCAUGAAGAUGCAGGAGGAGGAGAAUAAGAAGCUAAAAGAGGAGCUGCAUGAAAUGAAGGCUCAACUUGAGAAGAUGCAAGGUUCAUCAGAGCACAUCAUUGAUCCGGAUGUUUUAGUGAAGAUGGAAGAAGAUGCGCAGAGUUUGAAGCAAGCUCUUAACGGAGAAAAAGAAAAAGUGAUGAUCCUCACAGAAGAAAUCGUGAUCUCUAAAGAUAAGAUACAAACUCUCAAGACAAAGAUUGAGGAAGGAAGAUUAAAGGAAGAACGGAUUAGAGAAGAAUUGGAAGAGAGUCAGCAGAAGUCUUUGAAGCUGGAAGAGCAAAUUAGAUCUUCAAUUAAUGAUGGUCAUCCUCGUGAAGUGAAGCAUGUUCGUUUCAACAUCAUUGAAGAUGAAGAAUCUCCAACUAAAGAUGUUGAUGUCGAUCAACCUAAUCAACCAACUCCGGAAGAUGCGAUGCAGGAGGAAGUCAUGGAGAGAUCACUUGAAGAAGGUGAAUUGGAUCAAACUGAAGAAAGUCUUCAAUGUCAUCCGGAUUUAAAGAGUAUCGAAGAAGAUCUGGAGGAGGCGAGGAAAGAUCUUCUUGAAAAAGAAGCAGAGCUUCAGUUGAUGAAAGAUAAAUUGAAAGACAUGGAGGAUGAAUUGGGAGCCAAGUGUAAAGAAAUAGAAAGUCAUCGUGCAUCAAAUGAUUGUCUUACGGUAGAAAAUGAAGAGUUGAAGAAAAAAUUGGAACAAUUUAUUUGUUUGCAAGAAGAACAUCAACAGAUGGUUGUUAAGCUCGAGCAAGUGGAAACGCAACAUUCUGCAAUGUUGGAGGAAAUAAAUCUUUCUAAAGAAGUUGGUGUAAAUAACGAAGAACUUCUUAAACAAAGAGAAGAAAGGAUAAAAGAGUUAACUGAAGAAAAAAGAGUUUUAGAAGAAAAGUUGGUAACUGCUGAAGAAAAAGUUGCAGAUGUUGAAAGUGAAAUGGAGAGACUUGUUUUGCAGAAUCUCAACCAAGAUGGUGAGCUUGAAAAUAUACAAGCUCAACUUGAGAAAGUUAAAAGUGAGAUGCUUGAUUUGGAAAAAGUUGCAGUAAAGCAUGGAGAGUGUGAAGCUAAAUAUGCCAUGAUGGAACAAGAGGUGGAAGCCCUCAAGUUAGAGAGGUGUGAGCUUUCCAAUGAGGUGACGGGGUUGAAACAAUGUUUGGAAUCUUUACAAACAGAAGUUUUAACGCUUGAAUCAGAUUUAACAAAAGUUAAAGUGUCUGAGUGUGAAAUGAUGAAAAAUGUAGCAACUUUGGAAGAGAAAAUAAAAGAGAAAGAUGAUGAGAUAAAUGAGAGGAAGAUGGAAUUGGAUGCUGCUCAUGAGAAGAUGAAAAUUUUGGAAAAGAUGGAUGAGGGUUCGGACCAUCAUGAGUGUCAUGAAAAAAUAUCCAAUCUUCAAGAAGAAAUUGAUCUGUUAAAGUUAGAGCAGAAACGUAAAAUAAAUGAAGUUCUUGCUCUCAGUGAGGUUUCAAGAACUGUAAGUGAAGAGAUGGACGAGCUUCGGAGAGUUCUAGAUGAAAAGAUUCAAGCUCUAGAUCAACUAAAUGAUGAGAAGUGCAAGUUGGAAGAAGAGCUUGCGAAGAAGACGAAAGAUCUUGAAAGCUCUGCAUCUUCUUUGGAGGAGCAUAAGAAGAGUUGCAGUGAGUUGGAAUAUGAGAUCAGUAGUUUGAGGUGUUGUCUGAAUGAAGAUCAAUCAGAGCUGAUGAGACUUCUGGAGGAUCGGAAGAAUUUAUCGGAGGUAGAGAAGAAUUUCAUCGCUUUGUAUCAACAGUUCUCAAAACUUAGUGAAGAGCAGCAGAAGAUGAGGGAAGAGAGUAAAAAUCUAAAGAUGGAGGUUCAAGAAGUUAAAACUUGUGAAAAAGACCUGCAACAAAUAAAAGAUCUGGAAGAAGAUCUCGCAUCCGUUAAAUGUGAACUUGAGGAGAAGAUAACAAAGUGUGAGAUGCUUACUUCCAGGGUUCAAGAAUUAACGGAGCAAUUGGAUGAUCAAUCGACGACUGGUGAAGCAGAAAUAUUGAGUUUGAGAUCAAAGAUGGAGGAAGAAUCAUCUUUAUCAUCUGCAAAGAUUGCUCAACUUUCAAUGCAAAUCUCAGAGUUGGAAAAUAUUGGCCAACAAAAAGAUGAGGAGAUAAAACAACAUGCAUCACUUGCUGAAGAACGUGCUCUAUCUUAUCAAAAGUUAAAAGAAGACAUUAAAUCCAAACUUGACGUCAUCGAGAUGAAAGAGAAAGAAAUCUCUCAACUAAAAUCCGAAUUAUCUUUCAUGCAAUCUAAGCUGUUGUGUGGAAACGAAAGUGAACAAGUUGCCAUUCAACUUGAAGAGAAAUGUGAUCAGCUUAGUAAGGAGUUGAAAGAAUCAAAAGAGUUGAUGCAGAAAGUAAAGGAAGAUGGAGAUAAUGUUGUAUCUGCAUUGAAGAGUAACUUGUUGGAACUUGAAGAAGAAUCGGAAAAAGACAAAAAUAUUGUAAAAUCACACAUGGAGAAAAUACAGGCAUUCCAAGUUGAGGUCGAAGAAUUACAACGAGAUAACGACAAGUUGAAUGCAGAGGUAUUAACGUUAAAUGAAAGAUUUAAUGAAGAGAAAAGAGAAUUAAACGAUAAAUAUCAGCGACUUGAUGAACUUCUCACUGAAAAAGAUGAAUUGAUUAAUCAAUUGAACAAAGAAAGUGAUGAACUCAAGUCACAGCGGUCACUUGGUGAGAAGGAAUUGGAAAAAGCGAUCGCUGAUGCAAAGAUUGAGAUGACUGAACAAACAGAAAAGAAUGUGCAGAAACACAAAGUGGUGAUUGCGAAGGCUACAAAAGAAUUAAAUGAAAAAAGAAUGAAAUGUAAUUUACUACAAACACAGCUUAAUGAAAUGAAGAAAGAAAAAGGGAAAAAUGAUGAUGUCAUCAGUGAGUUGAAAACUGCAUUGGCGGAAAAGAAAGAUGCUCUUUUGAGUUCCGAAGAACAAAUAAAGAGUCUUGAAAAUGAAGUGAAAGCAAAGGAAGUUUUGGUGCAGAAAUAUAAAGAAAAAUGUGAAGCUGGGAAACAUGAGAAUGAGACUGUACAACAUCAUAAGGAAGCUCUUGGAAGGACAACUCACAAACUCCUCGAGAAAUCCAAGGAGCACCAGGAGGCGAUAAAGAGAAUAGAAGAUCUGGAAAAGGGUAAAAAUGAUCAACAGAAAGAAUUAAGUCAACUUAACACCAAAUACGAGAAAUGGUUGAAACGCUGCCAUAAACUCGAGAAAGUAAUUGAUGAGAUGGAUGAGGAGAUUGAUUCACUGAAGGAGUCGAAGACCUCCACAGAGGAAGCAUCCAACAAAUCGGAAGAAAUUUCAAAACUUCAAAAAGAAAUAAAAACAUUGACCACAAAGUUCCAAGAGCAAAUUCAAGAAUUGAAAGAAAAAUUGAAAUACAGUGAUGAAAAAAUGUUUAAAAUGAAAGAACAAAUUCGAUUGCAGACUGCAAAACAUGAUGAAAGUCUUCCAUCAAGAUCGUCAUCUCAUAUGACAACUCGCUCCUCCUCAUCUAAAGUUGCUCCUGGAGGAGUGAUGCAGCUCACAAAACUAGAUAUUCUGCAACGAGAUUUUAUGGAGCAGGAGAAGGAGCUUGCCAAAUAUAAAGACAUUGAUGCACGAAGAAGAUCUGAAAAUCAGCGGCUUUUGGAUGAAAAUAAUAAAUUUCGUCGAUAUUUAAGAGCUCAAAAACAAGCAAAGGCAAGCGGAUCCCAUGGAUCACAAAAAGUUCCAGCUGCUGCAGCCAGUCCAGUGAAACACGAACCUGACAACAAAGAAAAUGAAGAGAUUUGCAAACAGCAAUAACCAAAAUGUUUAUCUUAGUUUAUAAUGGAAUAAAAUAAAUACAAUUGUUUAUACUGCCAAUUUCUGUUCAAUACUGCUAACCAAAUUUACUGCUUCCUAUUUAGUUAACUUGGUGUAUUGGUUCUUUCGUAUGUCUCUAUUGAACUAUUCUUACUCACUGCUGUAUAUAAGCACUGCUAUGAUUUCUGCUCAUACAUUAUUAUUGCACAAAAUAAAUUGUUAACACCUUGA